AUUUAAUUACAUAUUGCAGAACGCAAUUUUUGCUCGUCCAGUUUUUAUUUCUCACAUCUUUUUGUCCUUUUUCAGAAUCAGGAUUGCGAAUCCUGCGAUUUAAAGUUUACGUUCGUUGCGUUGUUUACAAGCACGUUCGGAGUGGCGAGUCGAAGAUGGCUGCGAAAGCGAGGAGCGCAUCGAAUAGCCCAGCCACGUGCGCGUAGUGAAUACACGAGGAUAAAAUGCAUUCCUGGCGUGUUGUCCGUUGUUAGAUUCGUCCGUGCGAAAAAGCCGCGCUGAGUACUGCAUCUACACUUCAUUUCCGCUCAAUUCGUCCGAUCGGCAAGCGACGGCUGAGAACCGCGAGGUUGAUGCCCGUGAAGAUCCGAUGACUCACUCGUCAGUGUUACUUACUUGCGAUCAGGUGAUGAUGCUCUUGUAAGAAAUAAAACGGAGCCAGUUUGGAACACGCGGCAAUAUGAACGUUUUUAAGGAUCUUCAGGACGAGCCUCCCUUGUUGCAAGCUAUAUUUCAUGGAAACAUAGAAGCAGUUCGUACAUUGUUAUCUCAACAGGAGGAUGUCAAUUGGCAAGACAAGGAGCAGCGUUCCCUUUUACAUGCUGCAGCAUAUAGAGGAGAUACGGCUAUUGUAGAACUUCUUUUGUUAAACGGUGCAGUUGCUAACAGCAAAGACAAGAAAUGGUUAACUCCAUUGCAUAGAGCUUGUUGUUCUGGCAAUUAUAACGUAGUAGACUAUUUAUUAAGAUACAAAGCAGACGCAAAUGCCCGAGAUCGCAGUUGGCAGACACCUCUCCAUGUAGCAGCAGCAAAUAACGCUGUGCAGUGUGUAGAACUUCUAAUACCACAUUUAUUAAAUAUCAAUGUCACAGACAGAGGCGGCAGAACGUGUCUUCAUCAUGCAGCGUAUAACGGCCACUUCGAAAUGGUGGAGUAUCUAAUACAGUUCGGUUGUGUGAUAAAUGCAUCUGACAAAAAGGAUCGAAGAGCUUUACACUUUGCGGCGUACAACGGCCACAAUGAGAUUGUAAAAACCUUGAUAGCUAAGGACGCUGAUGUGAACGUUAAAGAUCGAGAUUUAUACACUCCGUUACACGCAGCAGCCGCUUCCGCUAACGUGGAGUGCGUGCAUAUUUUGAUCAGUGCUGGCGCAGAUGUCGAGGCGAAGAAUGUCUACGGAAAUACUCCGCUACACAUUGCCUGCUUGAACGGAUGUCCCCGUGUGAUCAAGGAACUCAUGUCUAAUCAUGUCAAUUUAGAAGCGCUGAAUUAUCGGGGACAGACCGCGCUACAUGUCGCCGCCGCCAGCUUACACGGCGUCCAGUGCUUCGAGAUGCUUAUAUAUAACGGACUGAAGGUGAACGUUCAGUCGGAGGACGGCCGUACGCCGUUGCACAUGACUGCGAUCCAUGGAAGAUUCACUCGCUCGAAAACACUGCUCGAUGCGGGAGCCUUUCCGGACGCGAGAGACAAAAACGGAAACACAGCUUUACAUAUCGCCGCCUGGUUCGGUUUCGAGUGUUUGACGACGUCUCUGCUGGAAAGCGCCGCGUCUCCGGCCACGCGCAACGCGCAACAACGCACGCCUUUGCAUCUGAGCUGCCUGGCGGGACAUAUAGAAGUUUGCCGUAAGUUGUUGCAGCUUGAUAGUAGACGAAUUGAUGCGCGAGACAUCGGUGGCCGAACGGCCCUACAUUUAGCAGCUUUUAAGGGUUCCGUGGAUUGUCUAGAUUUACUGUUAUCGAGCGGCGCCAAUUUCCGUCUCGUUGAUAACGACAAUCGACUGGCUCUCCACCACGCCGCGAGUCAAGGACAUUAUCCGUGUGUCUUCACACUGGUUGGAUUUGGCAGCGACUCGAACGCUCAAGACGUGAACGGCGCCACUCCGCUGCACUUGGCCGCAGCGGCGUCGAACUCGAACGCCCAGUCCUACAAGUGCGUGCAGUACUUGCUGCAGCACCGAGCAGAUCCGCGUUUACGCGAUAAACGCGGUUUCACGGCGAUUCACUACGCAGUGGCGGGCGGCAAUCAAGCGGCGCUCGAGGCGCUUUUGAACGCCUCGUCGUCGGAAACUCCGACCGCUUCGUCCAGCUCGUCGACCGCGGAGGAACCAUCCUUGCCAGCGCUCACUCCGAUACAUCUCGCGGCGUAUCACGGUCACGACGAAAUCUUGAAGCUGCUUCUGCCUUUGUUCCCCAACACGAACGUCCAAGAAGACAGCGGGAAAACGCCAUUGGAUCUCGCAGCCUACAAAGGACACAAGGAGUGCGUCGAGCUGUUAUUGCAGUUCGGUGCUUCAGUAUCGGUGCAGGACAACGUGACGCAACGUAUGCCUGUACACUGCGCCGCCGCGGCGGGCCACGCCGACUGCCUGGCCCUGCUGCUGCAGCAGACGGACGAUCCCAGCGUGGUGAAUCGCUACGACGCGAAACAACGGACUCCCCUGAUGCUGGCGGUCGCGAACAACCACAUGGAAUGCGCGAUGUUGCUGUUGAAGUACAAAGCCGAUUGCAAUCUGCCUGACGUCAACAAGCACACACCGCUGUUUCGGGCAGUGGUCAAUGAGCGAGACAAUCAGAUGGUGAAACUGUUGCUGAAGCACGGCGCGCGGGUGGCCGUGCAAGACACGAAUGGGAAGACGCCGCUACACUUGGCAGCCGCCUGCGGCAGAUUGUGCGCUUUGGCGGCGCUCGUCACAGCCGAUCCGACCGCGGCCGCACUGAAGGACGAUCAAGGCUGCACUGUGCUCCACUGGGCUUGUUACAAUGGGAAUUCGAAUUGCGUGGAGUAUCUCUUGAAUCACAGCGUGUUCGACUUCUUGGAAGACAAUCCAUUCUCCGCUGUACACUGCGCCGUAUAUCAGGGAUCCGCGCACUGCUUGGACUUACUGAUUAAUAAGUUUGGCGGACAAGCGGUCGCCGCGCCGAGGGACUCGUCGUGCGGUCUGCUGCCGCUACACGUUGCGGCCAGCGCUGGAUCCGUCGAGUGCGCGCUGCUGAUUUUGAAGUCCGUUGGGCCGGAAUUAGCCGGGCUCGAGUCGACCGAUCACUUCGGACGGACGCCGCUUCUCUGCGCGGCUAUCAACGGACAGUGCAACGCUAUUGACCUGCUGCUUCAGUGGAAGGCCGACGUGCGCGCCGUCGAUUCCAGUAUGAACACGGCGCUGCAUUUGGCGUGCCAAAGACGGCAUUCCGCCGCGGCAGAGUUGCUGCUGAGCUGGAUCGAGUCGCUUGGCGGCAACGAGGCCGACAAGAACGCGUCGCAGCAGCAGCGUGUGACUAUCAUCAAUAUGAAGAACAAGCAGCAGCGAACGCCGCUGCAUCUGGCGGCGAGAAACGGCCUUAUAACGGUCACGCGGCAAUUAUUGCAAUUGGGCGCGAGUGUCGUGGCCGUCGACGCCGAUGGACUCACGCCCGCCUUAGCUUGCGCCCCGAAUCCAGCAGUGGCCAAGUGCUUGGCCACUAUUCUCGCCGCGCACGGACAAAACGGGGAGACCGCGCAGUACUCGCCGUCCAUCCAGCAAACGUCGGAGGGGUAUCUGAACGGCGGCCGGAACGGCGUGGACUCGCAGCACAGCUCCGACUCGGAGUUUUACUGACAGCGAGCGUCGACGCGCUCGGACCGUCAAGCGUUCCGAGCGAAUAAUCUCAACAACUCGACAACGCGCGGCAACAUCGACGCGGCAAAAUUGAUCUGGACGAGCUGCUGGCUUUUCUCCGUUCUAGCGUAACUUUUAGCGGACAGAUCUAUCACUCGAGGUGACCAGCCAUUUAAGUAGCGAUCGUGACAAUACCAGUAUCUGUGCUGUCGACAACUCGAUAGUAACUAAUCGACUGCCAAGAAGAGUACGGAUGUAUGUGUGUACGUACCAACGUUACUUAAUAAUAGCUUUAGGCACAUUUAUGAGACGAGUGAGCUGUACAACAGCCAGUCGUCCAGCUUUCUGUUUGUUUAGCUACACGAAUUUGCAAACGCGAAAUAUGCAAUAUUUUGCAUUAGAUUGGCGCUGCACUGAGAGAGAAGAAUAAUUGCAGUAAUCAUAAUUUAUGUUUUUUGACGUCAACCAUUUUUAUAGAUAUUUUAACUAUAUGAUUGUUAGUAUAAAAUUAUUACUGCUAAUUGUAACAGUUCUUAUAAAAAUAAGUAUAUUCGCCAUAAUUAUAGUUCCAUAUAAUUAUAAUUCCAAAUAUACUUUUCUCUCAGUGCGAGGAUUUAUCGCAUUGUCAAGGAAUUUUCCACUUACUUGACAAGACGACAGAUUUCCUGCAUUAAUUUAAUGCCGUGCAAUACAAUAUUUAUAAAAAGAACAAAAAAAAACGAAUAUUAAUUUUAAAACUGACGACGCAAUCAGCGGCGGCGUUCCUAGAACGUUUAAUUGUAUAUAUGAUUCAAUAUCGAUCAUGUCGUGUAAUAUUCAGCUUCAAGUUAAUAAUAGAGCGUUACUUUUAAAUCAUGCUCAACACUUUCGUUCCGGUUGCAAAUAUUUUCAAAAAGUGACGGCUCACUUAAUGCUAUUCACGGAGAGCAUCAAGAAAGUGCGUUAAGUUGGAAAGAGUACAAAAUUCCGCCGUUAUUCGCUGUAUUCCUUUUGGAUAUCAUCGCAAUAUUGAAAUUUAUUUAUUUUUUACUCUAGCGAAAUAUUUAUAUUUUUCUUUCUUCUCAUAUACAUAAGUGAGAACGAGAAGCUCGCGGCUUUGCCACGCGUAUUAUGUGCAAUUUCCAUCUACGUAGCCGAAAUUACAAUAAGUAACGCACACAUACCCCCUCCAUAUUUCCCGCGACAGGUUUGCCUGCAAAAUUGAUUCUAAAUAGCGUCGGGAGUACAAUGCGCGCGUAAUAGAGUUCUCUCGCGAGCGACUAAUGUAAGUCUCGAGUGGACCACGCAGAAUAAUUCUGACGAACGGAUUUGCAUUGAAAGAUCUGCAAGAUCUGCAAAUGUAAUAUGCAAUUACUGAUUUAACGAACGGCGGCGUAUUAUCGAUUUUCUAGUUGAAUAUAAGAUAGAGAUCGCAGUCUGCGCGCGACUCGUUCUUAGGACGGACGAUUUAGACGUCAUUGCAAAUAUCGACGAAUGUACAGACAAUGCUCAACGUUGCAUUUACUAAUCUAGGUUGAUUCUUAUUAGUUUAGGCAAAUGUCUUCCAUUCUCAACAGCACUUUUCUUAAAAAAACUUUUAUUUAUUUACGAAUAAAAAUUUUCUUUACAAUAUAUAUAUAUAUAAUAAAAAAAAAAAUAUUUAUCAAUAACUAACAGUUUAAUUCUCAACAUCAAUUGUAUCUCAUCAUUUACACUCUUCCGCGCCAAUGAUUUUAUACACUUUUCAGACAUUUGAACGUUAACGUUCGGAACAAGCGUCCGUAAAGAUUUUGUGAUCCUUUUGGUUUGGUUUCGCCGUAUGAGAAAGCGUAGGAUUACAACUCGUAAGGAGAAAUGCCGAAAGUAUGAAUAAUUAAUUAUCAACGUCCCAUGUUGUAAAUAUACCGAAACGGACUGAAUUUAUACCCCCCCUCCCCCCUCCCUCCGGGUACUCUGUACAUAGAAUAAGGCAACGAGGGAGAGAAACGAGUAUUUAGCUAUUUUCUUAGAUAUUUGUUAGUAAAAAAAAGAACCUAAACUGCCUGACUAAACUGUACGUUGUAACGAGGACGUAGAGCUUGUAAGUGUUAAGAUGCGUAGUGGCCAAUCGUGGAAUUGAAUCGGAAUACGUUGGGACAACAAUAUAUUUAAUUUUGAGACGUUCUGUAUUCCCCGUUUCUCGAAGCUAUCAACGUCGAUCGCUUUACAGCGGUCAUUGUCACGUGACGAUCAAGAGGGACACUUGCCGUAGCCGUAGUCGUUUUUUAUUAUUUUUGUACUUAAAAUUUUGCCCAUACUUUUUGCAUUUAAUAGAUCGUAAGCGUGAUCUCUAGGCGAUUUUAAGCGCUAAUGUGAUCGAUACGAUAGGGAAUUGUAUAACUCAUCGACGGGAUAUUGUAGUCCAAUUGUACAUACCGACUUCAAUCGCAUCGCUUAUAUGUAAUAAUAAUUAAUGCAAUUAAUGAAAUUGUUAAUACCGGGAAAUCAUGAUCUCGUGAUUUGUACGUGAUUUUGUACUUGCGAUUGUUGUAGAAAAGCGAGAAAAAUUGCAUGUAUCGUGCGCCACUGUUCACUCUCAGACACGUAAAGACUCCAUCGCUGUACAUAUAUAUCGAAGAAAAUAUUUUUUCUAUACCCCUUUCUCUCGCGUACGACAGGUUUUUUCAGGAUGCAAUAUCGUAUUACAUGAAAGUUGCAGGAUAUUUUAAAGGGUUUCCGAUGAUACGUUUGUAUCGUGAAUAUUUGUAAUCAAUACACGUCACUACAUUCUAUUUUCA